AUGCAGUUCAUCAACUACCUCCUCUUCUGCCUCCCAGCAGUAGCACUCGCCAUGCCACUUCCACAACUCAUCGGUGGCGCCAAAUGUCCACCCCAGAACACGGAGAACAAGGGUUCUGGACUCCUCGGGAAUGGCGUUAAUGUCUCGCUUCUUUCCCCCAAAUUUCCGUCUUUCAAUGGUCUGGUCGGUGGCUGUGGAAACUAG